AUGUUUUACGCCCACUUUGUCCUCAGCAAACGUGGGCCGCUGGCCAAGAUCUGGCUAGCGGCCCACUGGGAUAAGAAGCUCACCAAGGCUCAUGUGUUUGAAUGCAACCUGGAGAGCAGUGUGGAGAGCAUCAUCUGCCCCAAGGUAAACAAGCUAUCAUCGAUACAGGGCUUCUAUUAUGUGUUUCAGUCAUGUGCUGCACUGUCUAGUCUCCACUAGAGUAAUGCUGCAGUAAGGGUACUUUGACAGACUAGUGUUGCGUAAACCAGUAGAAGAGGGUCAAUUUUCAACACACUGGCUGUGAGUCAAGACAUGACGCAUGAGCAUACUAGAGUUGUAGAUGCUGAUUUGAAGUGAAUUAUCUCGCCAUAGGGGGAAGUGUAUUUCUGAACACUGUGUUAAAGUAAAUUACAUUAUUUCUUAUUCUUUAUUUGUCCAGGUGAAAAUGGCCCUGCGUACGUCAGGUCAUCUACUCCUGGGGGUGGUGAGGAUCUACAACAGGAAAGCCAAGUACUUGUUGGCUGACUGUAAUGAGGCAUUCAUCAAGAUCAAGAUGGCCUUCAGACCAGGUAAUGUAUUGGCUAGGGGGAUGGACUGGUCCAACAUCUUCUUAGUUUUUUUUUUACAUUCAAGACUCAGAGAUACAGUUUGGCUCAACCUCCAUCUCCUUUAAAUCUUCAUUUUGCCGUUGGUUUUGGCAUUUUCAUAUACUGUUGAAUGAACUGAAAUUGGGGCUCCUGAAAGGGUCCCAAUAUGAAACGUGUGAGAGGCACACUGGGCUGUUAGACUGUACUGACAUUGUAGGAAGAUGUUAUGGCUGUGUAUUAUGUGGGUCUGAGUUGGCCUGACUCCUGCCUCCAUCCCUGCCCUCUCAGGUGUGGUGGAUCUGCCAGAGGAGAACAGAGAAGCUGCCUACAACGCCAUCACCAUGCCAGAAGAGUUCCACGACUUCGACCAGCCACUACCAGACCUAGAGUGAGUCCUGCAUGUCAUCGGAGCCCAACAAGUUUAAAUGUGUUUUUUGAUAUUUUUCAUGUAGCAUCGAUGAGUGCUCUGUCUCCAUUUAUGUAUAUGUCCUGGAUGCUCUUACGGGUAUUGAUUUGCUUGUAUCAAGUGCAUUAGAUGUUCCUUCGCUCAGUGUUAGUGAUUUAUGUUGUCUUUGCAGCGACAUCGAUGUAACCAAGCAGUUCACAUUGAACCAGAGUCGAGUGGAAGAGAUCACUAUGAGGGAGGAGGUGGGCAACCUGAGCUUGUUGCAGGAGAAUGACUUCGGUACAUAGCCUGGCCUCCUACUCCAAUCCUUUCACCACCCCUCACUCUUCAAACUAAACCUUUGCUGCAUCUCAAUCUGUAGUGGCUUCCUUUCUUCAUCUCCUUAACCUCAUCUGCACUGAUCUGGAUAGGUGAUAGCAAAUGCUUGGUAGUGGCUUACCAUGUUUUUACCAUGGUUUCAUAUCCAGGCAGAUGCUUGAAAUGCACCCAUACUCCAGCCUAUCUCAUCCCAUUCCAAGCUCCUCCCUUCCUAGUACGACAAUCCCUGCCACACAUUAUUGUUGUAUAUACACUUGCGAAAACGCAUUCUAACAUACUCAAUGUUCUCUCCCCUUCAGCUGACUUUGGAAUGGACGACCGGGAGAUGAUGCGGGAGGAGAGUGCCUUUGAGGUGGACAUCAUCCACGUGGCGUCAGCCUCUAACCUGCUCCUAGACCCAGAGACCUCGGGGGCCCAGAUCCCAGACAAGUCCAACCACCUGGAAUACGACGACCAGUACAAAGAUGACUUCGGAGAGGACCCCAUGGCUGACAGCGAGGGAGGCAUGCUGGGUAAGAAGGAAGGAUAAUCUGGUUUGGGAUACGUCCAAAUUCUGUUAAAAGCUUUUCUUUCCUUGUCUCCUUGGGUGCGUCCCAAUAAUAUCUCCUUCCUCCUGAAGUGUGCACAGGUGUGGGAGGAAGGAGAUAUAAUUGGGAGACAGCCCGUACCUUCUCCAUGACUAAUGUGGCCAAUUAAUUGUUUACAUUAAUGAAUGAAUGAACCCUGUUUGCUAAGGUAGCCCUGGGGCUCGAUACAUUCUGUAGAACCGAAGAGUUGCGCAAUAGAAAUGUAAAGGCAAUGUUCCCUUGUUUGUGGAGACUGCAUUCGCAGUAAACACUGCAUGUGUCAGCUUAAUUGGGAAUUACCUGUUAGCUAAGGUACCCUGUAGCUCACUUGGUAGAGCAUGGCGCUUGCAACGCCAGGGUUGUGGGUUCGUUUCCCACGAGGGGCCAGUAUGAAAAAAUGUAUGCACUCACUAACUGUAAGUCGCUCUGGAUAAGAGCAUCUGCUAAAUGACUAAAAUGUAAAUGUUUUAACUCCUGCUGAGCAUUUCCACUCUCCUGUCUGUCUCUAGUUGACAAGCUCCUCAGUAACGAGGAUGGGGGUGGCAUUUUCGACGACCCUCCUGCCAUCACCGAGAGUGUGCUGAGACUGCAGGACCAUGAUGACGAAGACGACUUUGAUGCCCUCUCACGUGAGUUGCAACACUUGCCAUGUGCUAUUUCCAAAAGGGAUUUUAAAGCUGCAAUAUGUAACGUUUUGGGCGACCCAACCAAAUUCACAUAGAAAUGUGUGUGAUAUAUCUGUCAUUCUCAUUGAAAGCAAGUCUAAGAAGCUGUGGAUAUUUUCUAUGUGCGCUAUUUCUAUGCUUCCCGUACUUGCGUUUCGUUUUUACAUUUACAUUUGAGUCAUUUAGCAGACGCUCUUAUCCAGAGCGACUUACGUUUUUGUGUCUUUUACGUUAGUUUUUUUACACCAGCUGAAAACACAAUAUUUUUGAGUCAAGAUAACUUUCUGUGUCAAAAUGCAAGCCAAGGUCUACUGUUCAGACUUGUUUUUACAUGACUUAAAAAACGUAAGCCUAUGCAACAUUAACCUAUUAAAAACAGUGCAGUAGUAAUGAGGUUUGUGCAGCAGGCUAUGGGCCCAAAACAUUAUCACCACAUUUUUUUAAUUUUUUUUAAUUUAUUUAUUUAUUUACAAUUCAACAUUUGAGGUAGGCUAUAUGAUCACACCGGUAAUAGAUCAGUUGUUGUGUUCCUUGUGAGGCACAGCUGAGUGAGCAUACAUUUUUAAUAAUUCGCUUUUUUAUUUUACUGGGCUGAUGGAGCCUGCAUCAGAUGGUCAGUCUCAGCGGAGGGAGAGGGCAGCAGAUUGAGGGUCUGCCUUUCAGCGUCCCUCCGCUUUCCCUUUCCUCCGCUGACACUGACCAAAAAGGGACACAGUCUUCCAGCUGAUGGCGAAACUCGAGUAGCACUGCAUUAUUUCUGCCUCAUGCACAAAUUAAAGGGUUUUUCUUUAUUUUUACUAUUUUUUCAAUUGUAGAAUAAUAGUGAAGAGAUCAAAACUAUGAAAUAACACAUAUGGAAUCUUGCAGUAAACAAAAAAGUGUUAAACAAAUCAAAAUAUAUUUUAUAUUUGAGAUUCUUCAAAUAGCCACCCUUUGCCUUGAUGACAGCUUUGCACACUCUUGGCAUUCUCUCAACCAGCUUCAUGAGGUAGUCAACUGGAAUGCAUUUCAAUUAACAGGUGUGCCUUUUUAAAAGUUCAUUUGUGGAAUUUCUUUCCUUAAUGCGUUUGAGCCAAUCAGUUGUGAUGUGACAAGGUAGGGGGGUAUACAAAAGAGAGCCCUAUUUGGUAAAACACCAAGUCCAUAUAAUGGCAAGAACAGCUCAAAUAAGCAAAGAGAAACGACAGUCCAUCACUACUUUAAGACAUGAAGGUCAGUCAAUACGGAACAUUUCAAGAACUUUGAAAGUUACUUAAAGUGCAGUUGCAAAAACCAUCAAGCGCUAUGAUGAAACUGGCUCUCAUGAGGACCGCCACAGGAAUGGAAGACCCAGAGUUACCUCUGCUGCAGAGGAUAAGUUCAUUAUAGUUAUCAGCCUCAGAAAUUGCAGCCCAAAUAAAUGCUUCACAGAAUUCAAGUCACAGACACAUCUCAACAUCAACUGUUCAGAGGGGACUGUGUGAAUCAGGCCUUCAUGGUCGAAUUGCUGCAAAGAAACCACUACUAAAGGACACCAAUAAUAAGAAGAGACCUGCUUGGACCAAGAAACACAGGCAAUAGACAUUAGACCGGUGGAAAUUUGUCCUUUGGUCUGGAGUCCAAAUUGGAGAUUCUUGGUUCCAACCGCUGUGUCUUUGUGAGACGCGGUGUAGGUGAACAGAUGAUCUCCGCAUGUGUAGUUCCCACCAUAAAGCAUGGAAGAGGAGGUGUUAUGUUGUGGGGGUGCUUUGCUGGUGACACUGUCUGUGAUUUAUUUAGAAUUCACACUUAACCAGCUUGACUACCACAGUAUUCUGCAGCGAUACGCCAUCCCAUCUGGUUUGCGCUUAGUGGGACUAUCAUUUGUUUUUCAACAGGACAAUGACCCAACACACCUCCAGGCUGUGUAAGGGCUAUUUUACCAAGAAGGAGAGUGAUUGAGUGCUGCAUCAGAUGACCUGGCCUCCACAAUCCCCGACCUCAAUCCAAUUGAGAUGGUUUGGGAUGAGUCAGACAGCAGAGUGAAGGAAAAGUAGCCAACAAGUGCUCAGCAUAUGUGCGAACUCCUUCAAGACUGUUGGAAAAGCAUUCCAGGUGAAGCUGGUUGAGAGAAUGCCAAGAGUGUGCAAAGCUGUCAUCAAGGCAAAGGGUGUCUAUUUGAAGAAUCUCAUAUAAAAUAUAUAUUUUGAUUUGUUUAACACUUUUUUGUUUACUACAUGAUUCCAUAUUUGUUAUUUCAUAGUUUUGAUGUCUUCACUAUUCUAAAUAAAGAAAAACCAUUGAAUGAGUAGGUGUGUCCAAACUUUUGACUGGUACUAUAUAAAAAAAAUACCCAAGCCACUAAUAAUAACAACACAAGCCUAUCAAUACACUUUCCUAUGCAUUCAUUGCAGCUGCAGUGCUGGUUGUAGCAUUAGUGGAAGUAGUGUUGAAUAGAAAGUGUUGACAGUGCUGAGUAAAACUUAAACAUGAACUCACUCAUCAAAACAGUCUCCUCCCUAUAUCUACACUGAUUUAACAGGUACAGUGGGGAAAAAAAGUAUUUAGUCAGCCACCAAUUGUGCAAGUUCUCCCACUUAAAAAGAUGAGAGAGGCCUGUAAUUUUCAUCAUAGGUACACGUCAACUAUGACAGACAAAAUGAGAUUUUUUUCCUCCAGAAAAUCACAUUGUAGGAUUUUUUAUGAAUUUAUUUGCAAAUUAUGGUGGAAAAUAAGUAUUUGGUCAAUAACAAAAGUUUCUCAAUACUUUGUUAUUUACCCUUUGUUGGCAAUGACACAGGUCAAACGUUUUCUGUAAAUCUUCACAAGGUUUUCACACACUGUUGCUGGUAUUUUGGCCAAUUCCUCCAUGCAGAUCUCCUCUAGAGCAGUGAUGUUUUGGGGCUGUCGCUGGGCAACACAGACUUUCAACUCCCUCCAAAGAUUUUCUAUGGGGUUGAGAUCUGGGGACUGGCUAGGCCACUCCAGGACCUUGAAAUGCUUCUUACGAAGCCACUCCUUCGUUGCCCGGGCGGUGUGUUUGGGAUCAUUGUCAUGCUGAAAGACCCAGCCACGUUUCAUCUUCAAUGCCCUUGCUGAUGGAAGGAGGUUUUCACUCAAAAUCUCACGAUACAUGGCCCCAUUCAUUCUUUCCUUUACACGGAUCAGUCGUCCUGGUCCCUUUGCAGAAAAACAGCCCCAAAGCAUGAUGUUUCCACCCCCAUGCUUCACAGUAGGUAUGGUGUUCUUUGGAUGCAACUCAGCAUUCUUUGUCCUCCAAACACGACGAGUUGAGUUUUUAACAAAAAGUUAUAUUUUGGUUUCAUCUGACCAUAUGACAUUCUCCCAAUCCUCUUCUGGAUCAUCCAAAUGCACUCUAGCAAACUUCAGACGGGCCUGGACAUGUACUGGCUUAAGCAGGGGGACACGUCUGGCACUGCAGGACUUGAGUCCCUGGCGGCGUAGUGUGUUACUGAUGGUAGGCUUUGUUACUUUGGUCCCAGCUCUCUGCAGGUCAUUCACUAGGUCCCCCCGUGUGGUUCUGGGAUUUUUGCUCACCGUCCUUGUGAUCAUUUUGACCCCACGGGGUGAGAUCUUGCGUGGAGCCCCAGAUCGAGGGAGAUUAUCAGUGGUCUUGUAUGUCUUCCAUUUCCUAAUAAUUGCUCCCACAGUUUAUUUCUUCAAACCAAGCUGCUUACCUAUUGCAGAUUCAGUCUUCCCAGCCUGGUGCAGGUCUACAAUUUUGUUUCUGGUGUCCUUUGACAGCUCUUUGAUCUUGGCCAUAGUGGAGUUUGGAGUGUGACUGUUUGAGGUUGUGGACAGGUGUCUUUUAUACUGAUAACAAGUUCAAACAGGUGCCAUUAAUACAGGUAAUGAGUGGAGGACAGAGGAGCUUCUUAAAGAAGAAGUUACAGGUCUGUGAGAGCCAGAAAUCUUGCUUGUUUGUAGGUGACCAAAUACUUAUUUUCCACCAUAAUUUGCAAAUAAAUUCAUAAAAAAUCCUACAAUGUGAUUUUCUGGAAAAAAAAUUCUCAAUUUAUCUGUCAUAGUUGACGUGUACCUAUGAUGAAAAUUAGAGGCCUGUCUCAUCUUUUUAAGUGGGAGAACUUGCACAAUUGGUGGCUGACUAAAUACUUUUUUCCCCCACAUCAAUAAGGGAUCAUAGCUUUCACCUGGUCAAUCUGUCAUGGAAAGAGCAGGCGUUUCUUAUGUUUUGUACACUCAGUGUAUGUGUGUGUGUGUGUGUGUGUGUGUGUGUGUGUGUGUGUGUGUGUGUGUGUAGCGGGAGGUCCAGACAGCCCAGACUCAGACCCAGCGGAGCCCCUGCCCACCAUGCAGGACCAGACGGAGCAGACCACGCUGGUACACAACGAAGAGGAGGCCUUCGCUCUGGAGCCCAUCGACAUCACAGGUCAGCCCACAACCUCUCAACAAAUGUUUAUAUUCAUGUUAUGAUAUUAUAAUAAACCCGUAUUGUUAUGUCUGUCACUACAUCUGAUAGGCCUAUGUCAUAACAUAUUCAAUUAGUAGCACCACUGCUCUUCUUGGAGUUUAGCAGCACUCAAGAAAUCUUCUUCAACAAUUUGAGUUGCUUGUCUUUCAAGGCAUCCCUUCCACUCUGGAUCCCAGUUCUGCCACCAAAUGUCACUAUUCACUAACAAGUUAUUUUCUCUUUACACCUCACAGUGAAGGAAACCAAAGCCAAGAGGAAGAGGAAGCUAAUUGUGGACAACCUGAAGGAGCUGGACAGCAAGACCAUCCGUGCCCAGCUCAGCGACUACUCUGACAUCGUCACCACGCUGGACCUUGCGCCGCCCACAAAGAAGCUGAUGAUGUGGAAAGAGACGGGAGGUGUGGAGAAGCUCUUCUCCCUGCCAGCACAGCCCCUCUGGAACGGCAGGCUUCUCAAGGUAACCCAGCAACUGGUCUGGUAGUUAGACAAACAAGGGCUGUUUACUGUGUUAUUGUUCUCAAUCCAGCACCUGGCAAUGGCUUUCUGUGUUCCCCCCAGAUGUGUGCAUGUUAGUUCCUGAACCUCUUUCAUUAGAGCUUUUCUAUAUACGUUUCUAUUCUCAACAGUUAGUUUGUGAGGACAAUGUAGCCACUACUUUAGGGGUUUUGUGCAUGUUGUUGCUACCUAGCCUCUUUCUUUUUUCAACACUGACUCUUUCCUCUCUCCUCUCUCUCUCUGUCCCAUUCUUUCUGUAGAUGUUCACCCGCACCCUGACCCCCCUGGUGCCAGACGAAAUGAGGAAGAGGAGGAAGGGAGGUGAGGCAGACAGCCUGGAUGAGUUCCUAAAGGACCUGGAGAACCCUGAGGUGCCCAGAGAGGAGGCCAUGCAGAGGGACAUCAUCGGUGAGAUACUCCACUAAGUUAACUCACUACUGAAUGGCAACAGUGCAAUCCUUUACAGUAGAUGCCAUUUAUAGGCUAGAGGGCCAACUCUUAGCAUGGAUAUAAUAUAAAGACACAGGCUACUAUUCAAAGUAGACGCAUGGAUACAUUCAAAGUAGUACACUUCAAAUUUCUUCAACACCAGUGGAGCAGACAGACUCCCAAUCUGACAUAAGCACCUCAUCCGAUGCUGAACCAUAACAGUCAUGUACUUGUACUCAAUACCUUUGAUUGGUGCUACGUUUUUAAUGUUCUUUCUGUGUGACAUUGUCCAUUCUCCAGACCAGACAAUCCUGGAGGAGCCCAGUGUACUGCAGGCAUCAGCCAUGGAGGGCAGCAGGACCACCCUGGACGAGUCAGUCAUGCCCCCACCCUCAUCCACGCACGGCCAGAAACGCAAGGCCCAGGACACAGAGCCAGCCUUGCCCGUGAGUGCCUCUUUCCUCCUCUCGUCGCUCAAGCCCUGUUUAACCAUGGCUAGGGAAACUUUCAAAGGCAGUUUGUCUAGCAUACAAGGCUUUUUGGUGUUUGAUAUUGUAUGCACUGAGAGAUCUCAUUAGUGCUUUUUGAUAGAAGUUAGACCUGCUUUUACCUUUUUGCCCAUAUUCAACCCCCUACUCAAUCACUCACUCAAACAUUCUUCCUCUCUCUCCAUCCAGAUGGGUACUCUGGAACAGGCCGCCAACCAUUCAGGUGUGUUCCAGCAGUUGGACAUGACGUUGGCGCUGCCCCCCGAGGACAGCACCAACCUCAGCCAGUUCCCUGAGCUCGACCUGAUAGAGGAGAAGAAGGACAAGAAGGACGGCGAGGACGACUCAGACGAGGUGAGACAGAUACGAAGAUGUUCCAGAGGUCACCGCCAACCCUGGUCCUGGAGAGCUACAGGGUGUGCAAGCUUGUGUUCCAAGCAAGCACUAAACAGCUGAUGGGACUGUGUGUUAGUGUAGGGCUGGAGGAAUAGCCUGGAGACAAUGUGGCUUUCUUGGACCAUGGCUUGUGACCACUGAUCUAGUCUGUCUUAUGUUCCUUUGGAAGCUAAAUAUGUAGGCCUAGGAGUUUGCAGAAGCAUGUCUCUUCCUGUCUUGUGUUGCUUGUACAUUGGCUACUGUGUAGUAUGCAUGUAUAUAGAGUUAAUGUUAUGUGUGUUCAAUGGCAGGAUGAGGAGGGUCAGGCUGGAGACCAGGACCGAGAGGAGAAGAGAUGGAACAAGAGAACCCAGCAGAUGCUCCACGGCCUGCAGGUAUGUCAUAGGAGAGCUUUUACGAGAGAACUCAACUAGACGUUGUGACCCACCAAGUGAACAAUCCCUACAUUUCUAACCAGAACCGGGUCUUAACUGUGACCUAACAGUUCUCUCCCUCCCUUCAACAGAGGGUGAUGGCGAAGACGGGGGCCCAGCAAAUUAGCCUGCUGGAUCUGUGCAGGAACAACAACAAGAAGCAGGCCGCCGCCAAGUUCUACAGUUUCCUGGUUCUGAAAAAGCAGCAGGCGGUGGAGCUCAACCAGACAGAGCCCUACAGCGACAUCAUCGCCACCCCUGGAGCCCGCUUUCACCUCAUCUAG